UAUCAACAGUCAACACUGAAAAAGCAGAUCUCCACAAACAUUUCCAAUAUCCAGUAUCCAGUUUUGGGGCCAAUCUCUAGCCCAGAUCCCGCCUUCCAAGUUUCCAACGCCAUCUCAUGAAGAUACGAGUUCAAGAGACGGUGAUCAUCGUGCCUGGGUGAGAAAUUCAAAGCGAUUGCAUGAAUCAUAGCCUUUUCGAUCCAUCCUCAUCCUCAUCUUGCGAUUGUCCAUUGAGUGCCGCUCAAUCCAUUAUCCAUUGGGCCAUCCGGUGGAAGCCACACCCUCGUCCCCGCGGUUGGCCUAAUUGAUGGGCCAUCAUGGGCGACGAGGCCGUCCAGUCCACCAACCUGGACGCCACGUUCAGCAAACGGAGUGCCGUCCACUUCGGUUAUUGGACCGACCCGUACAUCUCGCAAAUGGUCAGUUCCAUGGGCGAACGCAAAGCGCCCGAAAUCCACUUGGGCUAUUUCACCCGGGUCACGGCCCUUAAAAGCCUCAUUCUCAAGACGGUCGAGUACGGGCAAGCCUUGGGGCGCAAGGUUCAGAUCGUGAGUCUGGGGGCGGGCUUCGAUACCUUGUUCUGGCGGUUACGCGACGAACUCAAUCCCAUGGACGAGGCCGUGAACAACUACAUCGAGGUCGAUUUGCCCGAGGUGACGGCCAAGAAAUGCUAUCGGAUCAAGAAAUCGAAAUUACUGCUCAGCAAAGUGGUUCAGGAUGACGAUGACGAGGUCAAACUCUCACGCACCGAUUUACACGGCCACCGAUAUCACCUAAUUGGCGCGGAUUUCACUGACCUGACGCUCUUGGCCCGGAAACUGGCCGAGUGUCAGAUCGAUUACGCUUUGCCCACCAUCUUCUUGGCCGAGUGCGUGCUUAUUUAUAUUGAACCGACCAAGGUCGAGCGCUUCCUCUCCUGGACCACGACCGCCUUCACUAGUGCCCUCGUGUUUCUCAACCACGAGCAGUUGAAUAUGAACGAUCGAUUCGGAGCGGUGAUCGUGGAAAAUAUGAGUUCGCGCGGCUGCGGUUUGCCCGGGGUGGCCGCCUGUCAAAGCCCGGCCGCGCAGAAUGGGCGUUUUCUGGCCCGGGGCUAUCACGGGGCGUUGUGUUGGACCAUGAGCGAGGUAUACGAGUUAUUGCCCCGUGAUGAAGUCAACCGGGUCGAGAAAUUGGAGCUUUUUGAUGAAAAAGAGCUGAUGCGGCAACUCUUUGAACACUACUGUGUGGGAAUCGCUUGGCGUAAUCAGGACAAGUUUAAUUUUGAUGACUUUGAUUUCUGGUAACGGGCACUGCCGAUCGCAUUUUCUCGUUUCUUUUUCUAUUUAACCAUCAAUAAAUGUUCAUCUUAUCGCUUCA